GACGCAGAGUUUACUUUAGAAUUUACGAUACGCUACGCGGAGAAAAUUAUUUCGUGUAAUUGAUACGUGUUGACCAGACCUUGCACAUAAAUUGUUCAGAAUGGCUUACCAGGGUGGCUAUCCGGGACAACAAUACGGUGGCUAUGGCCAACCGCAGGGUGGUUAUCCUGGACAGGCUCCCAGUGGAUAUGGAGGGUAUGCACCUCCGCCGCAGCCUGGAGUGAAUCCGGAAAUUCAAAACAUUUUCCGCAGCGUAGAUAAGGAUGGCUCUGGCAAGAUUAAUGCAAAAGAACUGCAGGCAGCACUAAUCAAUGGCCGCGGAGAUCAUUUUUCGGACACUGCUUGUACUUUAAUGAUUGGAAUGUUUGACCGUGAUCGCAGUGGAACAAUUGAUAUUUAUGAAUUCGAUAAGCUGUAUGCCUACAUAAAUCAAUGGUUGCAGACUUUCAAGACUUAUGAUCGAGAUUCCUCAGGUCACAUUGAGGAAGGCGAAUUAUCUCAGGCUCUAUCCCAAAUGGGUUUUCGUUUUUCGCCUCAGUUCAUUCAGUUUCUGAUUGCGAAAAACGAUCCUGUCCAGCGCAAGGAGAUUUCGGUGGAUCAGUUUAUUGUCACCUGUGUCCAAAUUCAACGUUUUACUGAAGCAUUCAGAGUGAGGGACAGCGAACAAAAGGGCGUCAUAACGAUUGGCUUUGAGGAUUUCCUCAAUAUUGCCUUGACGAUUUCUACGUAAAAGAAGACUAGCCUGGUCCGAUGGCACCACACAUACCUACUUCACCGCAUCACCAUUAUUUCUGAUGGUAUAUUAAGUUUGAAAUAGAGCUACACAAAUUUAACAUCGUUCUCAGAAUGUAACCAGUUAUGUUGCAUUUAACUAUCUACUGUCUCAGUUGAAAGCAAUUUAUACAAUAUUGAGGUAUUAUUUUAAGGAUUUUUGCAGCUUUAUCGUAUAUGUGCGGUAGCGAUACCAAAACUGACGUUGCAAAUCAUCUGCUGGUUUUAAAAAUAAAUUUAAGGCUAUGAGAUGCUUAAC